AUGCGCUACUACGAACAAAAAUACCCGGAGGUCGAUGAGCUCGUCAUGGUUCAGGUCCGUCAGAUUGCAGAGAUGGGCGCCUACGUCAAGCUCCUCGAAUACGACAACACGGAAGGAAUGAUCCUUCUCUCAGAACUAUCUCGUCGUCGUAUAAGAUCAGUUCAAAAACUUAUUCGAGUUGGAAGGAACGAAGUCGUUGUCGUGCUAAGAGUAGACAAGGAAAAAGGCUACAUCGACCUCUCAAAGCGUCGUGUAUCUCCAGAAGACAUAGUCAAAUGCGAAGAACGAUACAUGAAGUCGAAAACUGUCGCCUCGAUUCUGCGGCAUGUUGCGUCAAAAGUCCAUUCUCGACUCGAACAACUCUAUGACCUGAUAGCUUGGCCACUCGGCAAGAAAUACGGACACCCGUACGACGCGUUCAAGCUUGCAUUAACAGAACCUGACGCAGUCUUCUCUUCCCUCACAACCCCCAUCCCAUCAUCUACACUCUCCGUCCUGACUGGGACGAUAGCCCGUCGUCUUACUCCACAACCCAUCAAGCUUCGCGCAGAUAUCGAGCUUACAUGCUACACCCCUGCAGGCAUCGAUGCUAUCAAGAAGGCGCUACGCGCGGGUGAGAAACAGAGUAACGAAGCUGUGCCCAUCAAAGCAAAACUUGUUGCGCCUCCUCUGUAUGUAUUGAGCACGAACGCGACGGAUAAAUACGCCGCAACUGAACGACUCGAACGGGCAAUAGAGGCCAUUCAAACUACUAUUGAAGCUCAAGGAGGUAACCUCAUCCUUAAGAUGAAGCCCAAAGCCGUGUCGGAGACGGAUGAACAAUCUCUCGCGGAACUCAUGGUAAAGGCUGGACAAGAAAACGCAGAAGUCUCUGGCGAUGAGGACGAGGAAGAGGCUGCGUAG